AUGUCCGUCAGUGGCCCGUGUCUCUGGCUGCCCUCUCCUGCUGCAUCUUCACAUUUCUCCGCCAUUCAGACCCCAGCAUCAGCAGCAAACACUUGGCUCUCAGAACAGGGUCUCUCCAGCAACCAACCGGAAAGGACGGGAGAUCCAGUGCUGCCGGCAGUCUCUUCUACUCUCUCUACUAUCAACACCCCGGUCCAGGCAGAGUUGAUGCCCCCAAAACGCGCAGACGAUCGCACCGUCCAAGCGACCACUGACGCUCGCCUCUCACGGACGCAUCUAGAAAAGUUCAACCGCAGUGAACCGCUUCUGUCGAGUGUCAGUCAGGAUGCUACCAGUUCAAGUCCGGCUACGCGCGAAUCCAGCUUGGAACGGAAGAGGAAACACUCAGACUCCCAUCUCCAUGACAAGGAGAUCGCGGAAGGAGCUAUGACUCCAUCGGACGAUGGAGGGGAACGGCAGAAUACGCCUUCCGAUGGAAAGCUCGAAAAGAAGAAAAUGAAGCGAUUUCGUCUCACUCAUAACCAAACCCGGUUCUUGAUGAGCGAGUUCACUCGUCAGGCCCAUCCAGAUGCAGCCCAUCGGGAGCGUCUAUCAAAAGAGAUCCCCGGUCUGACUCCGAGGCAAGUGCAAGUCUGGUUUCAAAACAGACGGGCAAAGCUUAAGCGCCUGACUAGCAAUGACCGCGAACGAAUGUUAAAGUCGCGGGCCUUGCCAGAUGAUUUUGACACUACCCAGGUCUUACGAACUCCUUUUGACCACAAAUCCACAUCCGAAACACCGGGUCUACUGACCAACUCAAACCGUCCAAAUGACGACGAAUAUGCCAUGUCCCCAAUGAGUGCGCCGUCGGCCGGUGGAGGCUACUUCCCACCCACCCCGGCUGCGGAACGACCUCAAGAUGCUUAUCCCAUGGCCCCCAAUCGACCAGCUAUUCCUACUUCCCUGGCGGAUCUUCACCGAGCCGGUCGCGGUGCUUAUCCGUUCCCGCGAUCUAGCAGUUUCUCCGAUGCAUAUUCCGGUUUCCCGCAUAGCUACAGCCGGUUCUCAAGCCCUAGUACGGAAUCACUUGGUCAUGGACUACCCUAUGGACGACGACCUAUGGACUACGGAAUUCCAAGGCCUGCCAACGCUAUAGUUCCGGGAUACGAUCCCAACCGACCUAUUGAGGGCUCUGUCUCGCCUACCGACCAGCAGGAAGCGUCGAUUCCCUACAGCAUUGACCAGCAUGGUCAACAAGUUCCCAACUACCACUCGUCUAUGGCGAUGCCGCCUCCAAAGGGCUAUGGUGGGAUGGAUGUCAACGCCUCCUUGCAACCACCUCGUCAGAUUCCUGCUCUACACUCCGUUCCCGUUUCGGAUUCUCCCGAUUAUCGACCCUAUUCCUACGACCCUCAGUCCUAUCCGAUGAACAACAACAUCCCAUAUACACAAGCAAACACGGCGGGCAUGACGACCUAUCCAUCCGACACGGGACACAUGCCCCCAACCACGGCCGCUGGCCGAAUGAACCCUCCCCAAAUGAUGGACCCCAUGAGGGCCAGAUUUGGAAGUCAUUCGUUAGACUAUGCCUCUUACCUCUAA